UCUGUACACUGUUCGCCGACGGUUUCCGAGUGAUCAUCAGCCUAACGAAUUGCGAGACGGCCAGGUUCAUCGAAAUGCUCACAAACAGACACCAUAUUCUCCAUCUGGCCAUCCCGAAGCCUUUCUGUGAGGAUGUCGGCUAUAGUCCGCAGACGGAUGAAGACACCCCAUUUGCUACGAUAUGGAUGCAACCAAGAACCAAACAAGCAGCCGAUGUGAUCUACACACUUGCCCAGAUGGAUUACGCUUUGAGAGCAUAUGUAUUCUCAGACACUACAAGUGGUUUGCUGGACCAUCUUCUUCAUCGGUCAACACAGGUGACCUUGGCAAGAGAAUUCCCCAGCCCUAUAUUUUCCCCACUUGCCUAUGACAUCGACCGGGAACAACAUCCGUCCUUCUACCACAACAGACAAGGUAUGGUGAUCCUGGACAAAGUUUUGAGUCACUUGGCGAGUGAGAAUGAGUCCAGAGCAAGCAGUCAUGCGUUUUUGUUAACCACAGCGACAAGCGUGGAAGUGGAACUAGAGAAGAUUGCCAAUCACUCAAAGUUGACGACAGAGUAUUUUUGGAUCUUGGGUGAAAGGUUGGAUAUGUCAGUAUCCGCCCUUCUACGGAUUUUAUCGGCAACUGAGGAGAGGUCAAGCAUGAAUUUCGGGUUUCUUCGCUACACACCAUUCCUCAACCCAGAAGAUUGUGCCGAGUUCGGAUUUCUACUACCUUGGAUUAAUGUGACUUUCACCAAGGAGAUCGGCUGUAAUUUCCUGGAUAUUCCGGAUCGUGCUUCAGCCAUCAUCCAAGCGGUCCUAGUGCUCUACCGGAUAUACCUUGAAUAUAUGCGUGUGGUAGAGGACCCUCAGAUUGUACAAUGUGAUGUGAGACCCUAUCCGGUAUACGUGCACGGCUCGAUGUUUCGCUCCAACUUCCUUCUGGAUGUUUUCAUAAAUGAAACUACUCACAUGGUUGCUGAAAACUCUUCGACAGCCCACGACCGGUUUCGCCUUUCCAGUUCGGGCUCAUCAGGUAGGCGCAGUCCCCGAGUUUCCAUCAACCUUAUGUUGUACUUGAACCCAAAUUGCACUGAUUUCGACAAAUACACUCAUUUGCAAAUCAAUUUGGUUUUCACGAGAUACUCAGAUGAAUCUCUCGUUUAUGAUGGUAUUAACGUCCACGUAUGGGAAACGGUUACGUUCUACUCACUGGAAAAACUUCCAAAUCGAUCGCCUCGGUUUCGGGCGACGGCCCGUAUCAACGGAUCGACAACCAGGGAACUUACGAAAUUCGGGAAGUUCUUGAAGCAUCGAACGAUGGGUUCCGGUCUAUUCGCGAAUCGUUUCUGGAGUUUUCAUGGGCGGAUGCUGAAGCUUGGAACAGUGAUUCUAAAUAAGCGCGAGCAUGAAGAGAGGAGCUUCCCACCUAACAACGCACUGAUAGUACCUCUUCGAAUUACGACGAGACGUCCACACGUCAACUACAAAGCUCGGU